AUGGCUCGGAAGCUACACCUUUCGUUCUUCCUCCUUCUUCAAUUCCUUUUCUUCAAUCAAGCCUUUGCUUAUAACCAAGGUUGCCAAAGCAACUGCGAACAGGGGAGCUCCGAGAAAUCCGCAAGCAAUGUGCAGCAACGCCUCGUCGGUUACUACCCAGCUGCAGGCCACGAUGCAGGCUGUUUGGGCAUGGACUUUGACAGCAUUCCUGCGGAGCGUUUUACACAUCUGAAUUUCGCCUUCGGCCGGAUCAAUAGCCAAAGUUUCGAGAUCGAGCCGGCGGAAGGCCUUAACACCGAUGCCUUCUCCAAUCUUACCAGCCUCAAGAACAAGAGCACUAAGCUGAAAGCAAUGAUUUCCUUGACCGACUCGCGCUUCGGUCCUAAUAACAGAUCUGUCUUUUCGAACAUGAUCUCGUCACGCGCGAAUAGGCAGAAGUUCAUCGAGCGACUUACCCCUUUCAUGGGCCGCUACUGUUUCGACGGCGUUGACUUUGACUGGGAGUAUCCCGGCGAGGCCAGGGGCAGUGACGAUGAUGGUGUCAACUACACACAACUGCUCAAGGAGCUACGGGACACCAUGAAAGGUUAUGUGGUCUCGUUCACUGCCCCCACUCCGCUCGUGUAUCUGCGCCAUUUUGACCUGAGAAACAUGAUGCAAUACGUCGACUUCGUCAACUUCAUGGCUUACGAUAUACACGGCGUCUGGGAUCGCGAUCCAGACUCCGCUGUCGGAAACCACAUUUACGCCCACACCAACCUCACUGAGAUUAAAGACGCUCUCGACAUUCUGUGGCGAGCCGACGUCCCUCGAGGAAAGGUUAACCUUGGCCUUGCAUUCUACGGUAAUUCAUACACGCUAGAAAACAGCUCGUGCUCGCGGCCGGGAUGUCCUUUUAAGGAUGGAGGGACCCCAGGCCCGUGCUCGGGCGCCUCCGGCGUACUCAUCUACAAAGAGAUCGUGGAUAUCAUCAACACCAACAACAUAAAACCAGUCCACGAUACCAAGGCCGCCGUCAAAUACAUCACCUGGAACGCCGACCAGUGGGUCGCCUACGACGAUCCCGAAACACUCCAGCAAAAGAUACGUUUCGGAAACGAGCAGGGUCUUGGAGGCCUCUUCAUCUGGGCUAUUAACCAAGAUGUGAAAGACCGUUCGGCGCUUCGCGGGGUCCUCGCUAAGAGUGCUUAG